UGCAACUCCAGCCAUGGUACCUGUCUCGCUCUCCCUGAGCCCCUUCCGCCUGGGCCUGUGGGCUUCUGUACUGAUCUUGAUCUUAGUCUUCCUCAAGGUCAUUAGUCUGUUUCUGCGGAGGCAGAUGCUGGCCAAGGCUAUGGACAGCUUCCCAGGGCCUCCUACUCACUGGCUCUACGGGCAUGCACAUGAGAUCCAGAAAACGGGAAGCCUGGAUAAGGUGGUGUCCUGGGCCAAUCAGUUCCCCUACGCCCACCCACUUUGGUUUGGACAGUUCCUUGGCUUCCUGAACAUCUAUGAGCCUGACUAUGUAAAAGCUGUGUACAGUCGAGGGGAUCCUAAGGCUGCGGAUGUCUAUGACUUCUUCCUCCAGUGGAUUGGGAGAGGCCUGCUGAUCCUCCAGGGGCCCAAGUGGUUCCAGCACCGCAAGCUGCUUACACCUGGCUUCCACUAUGAUGUGCUGAAGCCCUACGUGGCUGUGUUUGCUGAGUCCACACAAGCUAUGCUGGACAAGUGGGAAAUAAAGGCUCGUCAGGAUAAAUCCUUCGACAUCUUCUGUGAUGUGGGCCACAUGGCGUUGGACACACUAAUGAAGUGCACCUUUGGCAAAGGAGACAGCGGCCUGGGUGAAAGGGACAGUAGCUACUAUAUGGCAGUCAGCGACCUCACUUUCCUGAUGCAGCAGCGCAUCGAAACCUUCCAGUACCAUAAUGACUUCAUCUACUGGCUCACCCCCCACGGCCGCCGCUUCCUGCGGGCUUGCAAGGUGGCCCAUGACCACACAGACCAGGUCAUCAAGGAAAGGAAGGAGGCCCUUAAGGAUGAGAAAGAGUGGGCGAAGAUCCAAAGCCAGAGACACCUGGACUUUCUGGACAUUCUCCUAGGUGCUCGGGACGAAAAUGGAGUCAAGCUGACAGAUGCUGACCUCCGGGCUGAGGUGGACACGUUCAUGUUUGAAGGACAUGACACCACCACCAGUGGCAUCUCCUGGUUUCUCUACUGCAUGGCCCUGUACCCCGAGCACCAGACUCUUUGCCGGGAGGAGAUUCGAGAGAUCCUUGGGGACCGGGACACUCUGCAGUGGGAUGAUCUGGGCAAGAUGAGCUACCUGACCAUGUGCAUCAAGGAAACCUUCCGCCUCUACCCACCUGUGCCCCAGGUGUACCGCCAGCUCAGCAAGCCUGUCAAUUUUGUGGACGGCCGAUCUCUGCCCACAGGCAGCCUGGUCUCCCUGCACAUCUAUGCCCUCCACAGGAACAGUGCAGUGUGGCCUGACCCUGAGGUCUUUGACCCCAUGCGCUUUUCCCCUGAGAAUUCAGCCAACCGCCAUCCCUUUGCCUUCAUGCCCUUUUCUGCAGGACCCAGGAACUGCAUUGGACAGCAAUUUGCCAUGAAUGAGAUGAAGGUGGUCACAGCCUUGUGUUUGCUCCGCUUUGAGUUUUCUGUAGACCCCUCGAAACUACCCAUCAAGUUGCCCCAGCUGAUUCUGCGCUCCAAGAAUGGCAUCCACCUGCACAUGAAGUCGUUGGGCUCAGGCUCUGGGAAGUAGCUCUGCUGAGAGCAGGGCCUCAGACAAGCAGGCUGUGACUCUCCCUGGAGACUGCCCUCUCCAGGCUAGCUUGUGGAAGAUCUGGGGCUCCCUGCCUUUGGGAGGCUUAUAGUUUAGAAGGGGAGUAGGCACCAGCAUAGGUAACCACCUUGAAGGCAGUGCCACAUAAAUAUGUGUGCUUUAUCAUUAAAUGCCUAUGUUGCAUGCAUGUUAGAGCUCACUCAUUCAUUCAACAAACUUAAUGUGAGCAACUGCUUGCUUCUAGA